AAGCGCGAGCUAAGGCGUUGAGGAGAGAGAAGAUAAUGCAGACUGAGAUGGAGUCCUUGAGAGCAGUCGUGGCGUCGUUGCGAAGUCAAAUUGCUGUGCUCGAAGAUGCUCUUGCUGAGGCUAGGAGGAAGGAGAUGGGGGAUAUAAAGGGAAGAUUUGAAAUUGAAGAUGACGAGGAGGCUGAUGAUGGCAGUGGUAGAGGGGUCCAGACUUGCAUCUCGGGUAUAUCUGAUAACGCUGGUUUCUUCAUGGCUUGGACCCCUCGAAGCGAACCGGAUGAUCCGGUUGAUGGUUUUAAGAUCGAACUCGAU